AUGUCAACCUCGAACUCCAUCAAGCAAGCCGCCGAAGCGACUCGAAAUAAGACGUCCGAAGCAAUGGAAGCUACAAAGCGCAUAGCAGAUACCGCGAAAGCAGAUCCAAUUGCCGCGAAAAAUGACUUCCUCCACACGCCUUUCAUGCGCGGGGCUCUCCCCUUCAUCAAUGGCGGAGUUGCAGGAAUGGUAGCUACAACAUGCAUUCAGCCCAUCGACAUGAUUAAAGUGCGUCUCCAGCUCGCCGGCGAGGGAGCUCGAACAGGCCCCAAACCAACCCCUCUCAGCGUAACAAAAGAAAUCAUUGCUGCAGGAAAAGUCAUGGAUCUCUACACCGGCCUCUCAGCGGGUCUUCUCCGUCAAGCCGUGUACACGACAGCUCGGCUGGGCUUUUUCGACACCUUCAUGAAGCAGCUCACAACGCGGGCAAAAGAGAAGGGAAACACUAUCGGAUUUGCCGAGCGUGCAAGCGCGGGCCUCACAGCCGGUGGUCUGGCAGCCAUGAUCGGCAACCCAGCAGAUCUUGCGCUUAUCCGGAUGCAAUCCGACGGCUUGAAACCUGCAGCGGAGAGGAAAAACUACAAGUCCGUCAUCGAUGCCCUACGGAGCAUUGCAAAGUCGGAAGGUAUUGGAGCUCUUUGGGCUGGAGCUGCGCCGACUGUCGUACGAGCCAUGGCUUUAAAUUUCGGGCAGCUGGCUUUCUUCUCCGAGGCUAAACAGCGUCUCAAGGACUCGAACAUGAGCCCGAGGGCGCAGACAUUGAGUGCGAGUGCUGUGGCUGGUUUCUUUGCUAGUUUCUUCAGCUUGCCGUUUGACUUCGUCAAGACGAGGUUGCAGAAGCAAUCGAGAGCACCAGAUGGAACCCUGCCGUACAAGAGUAUGAUACACUGCUUUACAAAAGUUGCGAAGGAUGAGGGUAUUUUCAGAUUUUACAGAGGGUUCAGUACUUACUACGUCAGAAUUGCGCCGCAUGCGAUGGUAACAUUGAUCGUUGCGGAUUAUCUUGGCUUCAUCACCAAGUGA